AUGAGUCGUCAAGGUCCUGCAGGAAAAUUCCGCAUUCAACCGGCUUUCCAGGAUGGAUAUGGCACUCAGGGUGCUAAUGAUCAAUCGCCCAAGUUGAAAUCAUUAAGAUGUGUCUUUUGUAGCAUUGACAAGCCUCUAGAUGCCUUUUCCCAGACACAGAUCCAAAAGGCAACAUUCAAUCCCUAUGCCCCUCCUAGUUACAACAAGGGAACAAAGGCAAAACAGAUCUCAUGCAAACAGUGCACUGCAUCAGUCAAUAGCACAUUGACUUGCAUGACCUGCACAAAGACAAAACCUCUUGAAUCGUUUGCCAAGGUUCAGAGAAAGCAUGCUGAAAAGGCCCGUUGCUUAAAGUGUAUGAAGAAGCGUGAAGAAGAAGAUCUCGAUGACUCUGAGUAUGAUUCUGAUGACGACUCAGAUCCUUAUGGCCCAAUGUAA